CUUUUGAUUGCCGUGGGAUCGUUAGUGAUGACAAACGUUUUGUUUAUGUCUGCGCUGCCCAGCAAAGCCAAUCAAUCGACUACCGUUCAACUACGUCGCCAGCAAAAUCAGACGAAAACCAUUCUCUUAUGGAAUGGUUCCGGCCGCAAGGAAGUACGGGCCUUCGGAUUGGGCUACGAAGCUUUCGUCAAUCAAAACUGCACGUACACGCAAUGUGACAUGACCAACAAUCGAGCACAACAUCCAAUCGAAUAUUACGACGCUGUCGUCAUCGUGUUCAACGACGAAUUCACGUCAAACGACGAACUGAGAAUGCCAGAUUUCAAAAACGGACGCAAUCCUAAUCAACACGUCGUCUUCUUCACUCAAGAAUCACCUGUGGCUUUGAAAGCGUACUACAACAUGACUGACCUAUCGAACAUGUUCAAUUGGACAAUGACUUACCGACUGAAUGCCGAUGUUCCUUUCGUCUACGGUCGAAUCACGCCGAAAGCAGGUGCUCUCAAACCGGAAGAGAUUGUGCGUUACAGGCAACAUGCCCGGCGUCCAGGAGGUCCAUUGCGCAAUAAAACAGCGGCCUGGAUGGUGUCGCACUGCGACACGCACAGUCAAAGAGAGACGUACGUCAAAGAGUUGAGUAAAUACAUAGAUGUAGAGAUCUACGGUAGAUGCGGCAACUUGUCGUGCGCUCUCGACGUCCUGCAUCACUCCGAUCCGCAGUGUUACGGCAUGCUCGAAUCCAAUUACAAAUUCUACUUGUCUUUCGAAAAUUCACUUUGUCCAGAUUACGUGACCGAGAAAUUCUUCAAAAUUAUGGGUCACCAUAUCGUUCCCGUCGUGUACGGUGGGGCGGAUUACACCAAACACGCACCGCCACAUUCGUUCAUUGACGCCAGCAAAUUCAAUAAGCCGAAAGACUUGGCGGCUUACCUGAAACUGCUGGACGCUAAUGACACGCUGUACAACGAAUAUUUUUGGUGGAAAGAUCAUUAUCGCGUCGAAUUCAGCGUCAACGACAUGUCGCGUCACGGGUUCUGCAAUUUAUGUCAAAAGCUGCACGAACCUGUCAAUGUCAAAUCUUAUAAGGAAUUAGAGUCCGAAUGGGGUAACGGUAAUCAAUGCAAAUCGUUCGACCCGUCUACUGUUUCAUAAUU